GAGAAAAGCGCCGGCGCCUACCACUGACAGUAUUUUUGGCCGCCACUGUACCAGCGCGCGAGUAGUAGGUAUGAUAACGCUGCGUAUUCGAGGACUAGCCUAAGUCCGAAAUCCCGAUCGGCUUUGGCGGUGUCUGUCUUUCAGUGUCUCAAGAUCAAAUGCAUUUCAAUCUACUGUACCUGCCGUCUCGAUACGCAAGCAACAUAGCUGUCAGUGUGCUUGAAGGGACAAACUCAUAUGCCCUCUACGUACUCACGGACAAUCGUGCGUGCGUAUAAAUCCGCGGGAAAUUCGCCAUGCACCUACUCGCUUCCUCCCACGGGACUCUUGUUACCAACCGUCUUCACACCUCCAACGGCCCACCAUGAGUUGCGAGCAAUGCGGCCAGGGCUAUGUUAUGAAGGGGGAGACCACUGGCACCAUGAUUGACGGUGCCUAUUACCAUGAAGGUCCGAACAAGAGUCGCGCAGUGGUCCUGUUGACAGACAUAUUUGGUCUUCCUCUGGUGAAUUGUAAACUCCUUGCGGACAGGCUUUCGAACGAGUUGCAGUGUGACGUUUGGGUCCCUGAUUAUUUUACCGGAGGUCCUCCUUUCAAGGUGGAGGAAUUAGAUCCGCUCGUUCCGCAUAAAGCUGGAGAUUCGAUAGGCUUCACCCGAACGCUACGCUUCAUUGCGUUGAUUUUCCCCCGCCUUCAUCGUCUCUUUGCCAACCGAGCAUCUGUAGUUGACCCCAAGAUAGACUCAUUCAUUGCCAAAAUCAGGGAUGACAAGAAAUAUGACAAAGUCGGCGCCGUCGGAUAUUGCUUUGGUGGCUCUGCCGGCAUUCGACUCGGCUCCAGGUCACUUGUCGACAGCCUAGUGAUUGCCCAUCCUGGGAUAUGCACCAUUGAGGAGAUCCGUGCUAUCAAGGUUCCAACGGCUUGGGUCUGCGCAGAGGAUGAUUCAACCUUCAACGCGAAAAUCCGCGAGGAAGCAGAACGCGCCUUCGCUUCUCGAAAGGUUAAGCCGGAGUUCAAAGAUUACGAGUUCAAGGUCUACAAAGGAACUGCGCAUGGUUUCGCCGCUCGCCCCGACCUAUCGUUGCCAGAGAUUUGUGAAGCUUACGAGCAAGCAUUUGAGCAAACUAAGACCUGGUUUGCCAAGACUCUUUGAUCCCUCCCUACUGAACGGUCUCUACCCUUGGAUAAGUCCUUCCCCGGCCAGGUCUACUGCUUCGUCCGACUCCUUGAUACCCAUGUAUUCAUCGCUCACGAUCUUGUCGCUUCGCUCUUGCUCUACUUUCCUCUUGGGUCUCGCGUUCAUGGUGUUUCCGGUCACAAUAGAUUUACUAGUGUGGU